AGGUUCCAGAGUACAAUUUUUUCCCGGGCUUAUGCUCUAGUGGCGAAUAUCGUAACACUUACAAUGCUGCCCAUCGUUAUGUGGCAAGCUCGAUUGACUUUCCAGGCGAAAAUGCGCUAUACACAGCUCAUUUUGAUAACCUAUAAUGUGCGGUAUCUGGUGUCCUAUGCGGUUAUACUGUAUACGGUCCUUUCGCGAGGUUUCCGAGAUACAGCAUUUAAGGAAAUGCAACCUUUGCUGCUGCAAUUACUAAAGGAGGAAAAGCGAGGUGGAGGAAUAGAAAGCGCAAGGAGAUCCCUGAUGAUUCUUAUAUGUAUCAAGUUCUUCCCCGUAUCGUGGUUGUGCCUCACCGAAACUGUAUUCUUGUUCUAUUCCCUUGAUGUUAAUAGCUGGAUGAGCAUAGCGAAAUAUAUUUUCAUGACCAAUGCAUGGAAUAUGCUGGAAAUGGUGCCAAUGGGCUAUUUUCUCGCCAUGUGGCACAUUGCCCGUGGCUUUGAUUAUGUGAAUAAGCGCUUGGAUAAGAUUAUAAAAUCAAGAUCUUCUAGAAACUUGAAGGAGCUGCAGCAUCUCUGGUUACUUCAUGUCCGGCUCAGCAAAACAGCGAUAGAAAUAAACAAGAUCUAUGGCCCCCAGAUGUUGGCAUCGCGCUUCGAUAACUUUAUAAUUGGCGUAGUCCAAGCCUAUUGGGGAGCCUUUUUUACCUUACGGGUAUCCACACCUGUUUAUUGGCUGGUCUACGGAUGUGUUCAAUAUCAAAUUCGAUCACUGGACUACUACCUCAACGAUUACCUGGCCGAUUUGGUUGUGAAGUAUCAGGCUUUGGCAAAGCAUUCCUGGAGUGAAGUUCGCUGGACGAAAGAGACGAGUUCCUAUGUGACCUACGUCAAUAGUUUGAAGCUACAACUCUGGACUUGUGGACUUUUUCAAGUGGAUCGAAGCAUGUGGUUUAACAUGAUGACCAGCAUCUGGUAUUACAUAUUAGUGCUACUGCAGUUUCAUUUUGUUAUGGAGAAAUAA